AUGUCGUCAUCGUCCCCGGUGCCGGCAAGGCCUGAGAAUGUCACCUCCGCCCCGGCCACGGCGAGCAACACAUUCCACGUGCUUAACUCCGCCGGCGGCGCCGUCGGGGCGUAUGUGCGGCCUCCCCAUGCCGCUGCGUUGCGUUCUCCACAGGCGCGCCCCAUCACCGGCUACGGCUACCCAGCCACCGGCGUUGUUGGCCCCGCAAACGCUGCCAUGGUGGCUCGUGCUCCCGGUGGACAACUAGGGGCGCGGAUGGAGAUAGUGCAGCAGCUCAUGCACUUAGCUGGAUGGGGUAACCUCCCUUCACCGCCAUCGCCAUGGCUCCACAACUACGCCGCGUUCAUGUCACCGCGAGGCCAGCCAUUGCUGCUCUCCCCCUCCGCGAGGCCCCCCGGUCCUCCCAUCCGAGCGCCGUCGUCGUCGUUCGCCUCCGGGGCGCCAGGAGCCAGUGGGAGCAGCGUUGCCGGCCGGGGUGCCGUCGUCGUCCACGGCAGUGCUGUUGCCGGCAGCCAGCAAGAAGAAGGCGCCGCCUGCAGCAACAGAUGGCGCGGUGCAACGCCUGCCCCCUGUGCUCGCCAUGCCGACCACGGUUGGAGGGGAGGUCGCCGCUGCGGCGAAUGGCCGCGUCAGGAAGCGCGCGCCAAGGACAAGGACAAGGACAGCAGCAAGCCGAAGUCGUCCAAGAAGCCCAGGCAGAGGGCCGCCAGCAAGCAGCGACAGAGAACGGCUGGAGACAACAACACGGUCGCCGCCGCCGACGCGAAAAACCUCGUCGUCGAGAACCAGCCGCCUGCUAGCAACGAUCUUCAGAUAGUCCCUGUUCUGCCGCCACCAACGCCAAGCAACAGAAGAAAGAGGAAGCAGAACGUCGCGGCCUCGCCGAGCAGCGGCGGCAGGUGCAACGUGGUCGCUAGGAGGAGCAGCGCGGUCGCGGCGACGGCGAAGAAGCACACCAUACUAACAUGGCUGAUCGACGCCGGCUUCCUAUCCGACAGGGAGAAGGUGUUCUACGUGCCAAUGGACGGCGGCGAUGGCAAGGUUGUCUCGGGCGCGGUCACCAGGACGGGCGUCCACUGCGGCUGCUGCGACGCCAUCGUGCCGCUGCCGGCGUUCGAGGCCCACGCCGGCCGCGACCUCGGGCAGCAGCGGUCGUGGGAGAAACUCCUGCUCGUGUCCGGCAGCUCCCUCCUGAACCGCAUGCAGGAGGCGUGGGAGAAGGAGCGGGUCAAGAUCUUCCUGGUGCAGGAGAAGGCGAGGGCGGCGCUGGAGCAGGAGCAGGAGAAGAGCGCGCAGGCCAAGAGGAGGCUCCUCGCGAAGCAGAAGAAGGGAGCCGUCGAAGGGGUCAUCACGUCUCCUAGAAUCAGAACGAAGCUGAGGUCCGGCGAGGACUCCAGCGACGACGCCUGCGGCGUCGGCGCCGACGGCGGGGAGCUUCUCUGCUGCGACAGCUGCCCCUCCACCUUCCACCCGGCGUGCCUCGCCAUGAAGGUUCCAGAGGGCUCGUGGGCUUGCCACUACUGCCGAUGCGUGCUGUGCAUGGCAAAUGGUGAUCAAGGCCUGUCCACAUGCCAACAUUGUACUCUGAAGUAUCAUGAGAUUUGCCGUCCAUCCCUAAGCAAUGGGCGCGGCAUCGGCGCAUACUGUAGCGAAACCUGCAAGAAGGUGUCUGCUCAGUUAGCAGACACGAUAGGCGUAACAAACCAUAGUGAAGAUGGUUUCUCAUGGGCUCUACUGAAGAUUCAGAAAGACGAGCCAGUCAGUUCACAGAACAGUCCUGAUGUUCUUGAAUGCAACGUGAAGCUUGCAGUGGCGCUUGGCGUGCUGAAUGAGUGCUUCAACCCAGUUAAGGAUCGACGAACUAAGAUCGAUAUGCUCCACCAAGCUGUCUACAGCCUCGGAUCAGAAUUCAAACGGGUAAGCUACGAAGGAUUCUACACCAUGAUUCUGGAGAAGGAUGGAGAAAUCAUUUCAGCAGCCCUGCUGAGGAUCCAUGGCACAAAGGUCGCGGAGAUGCCGUUCGCAGGCACACUGCCAGCUUACCGGAAACAAGGAAUGAUGCGUCGGCUGGUGAACGCUGUCGAGCAGGUGCUGGCGUCAGUGCAAGUGGAGAAGCUGGUGAUACCGGCCAUAGCUGCUAUGGUGGACACCUGGAAGAGGUCCUUCUCCUUCAGGCCUCUAGACCCCGAGUCGAGGGAGGAAACCAAGAGGCGGAGCCUGGUGGUGAUCACCGGCACUACCCUGCUCCACAAACCCGUGGCCGCCGCGCCGCCGUCUCCGUCGCCACACAAACAAACCGAAGCAGCAGCGGCGAAGAGUGGAGCAGAGCCAUGGUGGUGGAAGUACACGUACGGGGCGCCGCCGCUGACGGACGACGAGCGGGCCUUCCUGGAGACGAACACGGGCACGGCGCCGCUCGGCUGCAGCUUCACCGACCUGGUCACCGGCAAGGUGUCGUCCCUGCACAAGGCGCUGUGCGCGGGGAACUCGUCGACGUCGGUGCCCUGCUGCUCCUCCGGGUCUCUCCGCGGCAGGUCCUGGGAGCGGCGGCGUGCCGCGGCUGUCGUUCGUGCGUUGUUCAUGAGUUGCAUUUGCUGCAUGCGCGUGGGAAUUGAAGGGCCGGGGUUGCUUUGUUCAUCAGUUUGUUUGUUUGUUGGUUCUUUUUACAAGCAUGGAGAUUAG